AUGGUCUUCAAACGAAGAGACACCAAAAUACAAGCCGCGCUUCGCCACACGACCUACAUUAUUGAGCCUGACCCCUCUUUACCCGUUACCAAUACUCAAAAGUCUUCCUCCCCAAGACCGUGCCCUCUACACGGCGAGUAUUCCGGCACGAUGCCGCAUCGGGACGAAGGCGAUGGUAAGAAGGAGGAGAAGGACGAGGGCUUUAAUAACCCCUUUGACGGAAAGUUCAAGUGGGGGGAUAAGUGGUGGGAGGAUGAGCGGUGGGAGGACUACCUGGGCGGGGCCGACAACUGGCAUAGCGACGUGAAAGUGAAGGAGUGGAUUGAAUUCAUCUACAAGAUGUCGAACCUUAAGAAGGACACCGAGGGCGAGCAGCGCGACUGCGUGGGCGGCUGUGGCCGGGUCUGCCAGCGCUGGGAGCGCGUCCAAUGCAUUUGCCCCCACGACUACUGCGGCGAAUGCAUGGCCAGAAUCCUCAAGGUGCACAUGCGCGAGGGUCUGCGGAUCCCGCUGCGGUGCUGCGGAGUGAACAUUCCGCUUCGGAGAAUCGUCUGCGUCGUCCCGCCCCACGACAGCGACGUCGUGGCGUUCUGCGAGCGCCAGCGCAAGCACUCUGACGCGCAAUUUGCGCUCCCCACUGUCAAGUGCCAUCGGAAGCGCUGCCGGCGGUCGGUGCCGCCGGCGCUCAUCAUCGGCGACACGGCGACGUGCAGCUACUGCGGCAAAGACACCUGCGUCAAGUGCAAGAAGGCGUGGCAUUCAGGGAAAUGCUCGUCCUAG